AUGAGACCUCAGAGUUCAGAAAACAAUUCAGACGAAGAACCAAAGAGAAGAUCUGAAUGUGAGGACCCAAGCAAAAGACAGAGGGUCUCUGAGGCUGCUGAACCAUCCACAAGCUGCCAGAACCAGCAAAGGACCAUGGAAAGCGUAGAGAAGAAUAUAGCAGAAGAGGAGCCUGUCCUGUCAGCCAAGAGAAAGAGAAAGGAGAAACACACUGAGAAGAAUCCAGUUACAGAUUCAUCUUCCUGCUCUUCGGAGAGCAGUGAAUUCAUCACGAAACAACACAGUUUAAAGUCCAGCACGGACAAUUCAAGAACCAGGGUUUCUGAGGAAGUAGGACUCUCAACAAGCUGCCAGAGCCAGAAACAAAGGAGGGAAAGUGAAGAGCUCGAAAUAGCAAGUGAUGAUCUGGCACUGCCAGCCAAGAAAAAGAUGAAGACCAAACACCUUGAUGAGAACCCAAUUACAGAUUCAUCUUCCUCCGCAUUGGAGUACAGCACAGACAGCUACAGCACCACGAGACAACAGAUUUCAGAGUCCGGUACAGUCUGUCAACCAAAGGAAAGAUCUGAAUGUGAGAACCAAAGUAAAACAAGCAUAGUUUCUGAGAUAGCAGAACCCUCAACAAGCUGCCAGACCCAGAAAAGGAGGGAAAGUGAAGAGCUAGGAAUAGCAAGUGAAGAUCUGGCACUGCCAGCCAAGAAAAAGAUGAAGACCAAACACCCUGAUGAGAACCCAAUUACAGAUUCAUCUUCCUCCGCAUUGGAGUACAGCACAGACAGCUACAGCACCACAAGACAACAGAUUUCAGAGUCCGGUACAGUCUGUCAACCAAAGGAAAGAUCUGAAUGUGAGAACCAAAGUAAAACAAGCAGGGUUUCUGAGAUAGCGGAACCCUCAACAAGCUGCCAGAGCCAGAAAAGGAGGAGGGAAAGUGAAGAGCUAGGAAUAUCAAGUGAAGAUCCAGCACUGCCAGCCAAGAAAAAGAUGAAGACCAAACACCUUGAUGAGAACCCAAUUACAGAUUCAUCUUCCUCCGCAUUGGAGUACAGCACAGACAGCUACAGCACCACGAGACAACAGAUUUCAGAGUCCGGUACAGUCUGUCAACCAAAGGAAAGAUCUGAAUGUGAGAACCAAAGUAAAACAAGCAGGGUUUCUGAGAUAGCAGAACCCUCAACAAGCUGCCAGACCCAGAAAAGGAGGGAAAGUGAAGAGCUAGGAAUAGCAAGUGAAGAUCUGGCACUGCCAGCCAAGAAAAAGAUGAAGACCAAACACCUUGAUGAGAACCCAAUUACAGAUUCAUCUUCCUCCGCAUUGGAGUACAGCACAGACAGCUACAGCACCACGAGACAACAGAUUUCAGAGUCCGGUACAGUCUGUCAACCAAAGGAAAGAUCUGAAUGUGAGAACCAAAGUAAAACAAGCAGGGUUUCUGAGAUAGCGGAACCCUCAACAAGCUGCCAGAGUCAGAAAAGGAGGAGGGAAAGUGAAGAGCUAGGAAUAGCAAGUGAAGAUCCAGCACUGCCGGCCAAGAAAAAGAUGAAGACCAAACACCUUGAUGAGGACCCAAUUACAGAUUCAUCUUCCUCCCCAUUGGAUUACAACACAGACAGUGGCAACAACACCAGGGGACAACAGAGUUCAGAGUCCAGUACAGACGGUGGACAUGAAUAUGAGAACCAAAGGAAAAGGAUAGCUGAGCCCUCAAAAGCGGACCUCGAAAAAGCUAAAUUUCAGGAAAAAUAUGUUGAGCUGAAUAAACUGGUAGACAGAGGCUCUAUAUCUGUCUUUGCAGGCUAUCGCAUAGAGGAUAACUCACCUGUGGCCAUCAAACACAUCCAAAAUGUGGUAUUGAAACAUAGAGAUGAGAACGGUAGAGAGCUCCCACUGGAGGUAGCCAUCAUGUUUAAACUGAUGGAUGAAACAGUGGAGCAGUCAUUCGUGGUGUCGUUGUUUGACUGGUAUGACCUGGGAAAGGAGUUGAUUUUGGUGAUGGAGAGACCCAUGCCUUGUAAUGACCUCGCAGGUUACCUCAAAGACCUCAAACAUCCCCUCAAGAACAAGGAGGCAAAGGUCAUAUUAAAACAGCUGGUGAAAGCAGCCAUUCAUCUAAAAAACAAAAACAUCUUCCACAGAGACAUUAAAUUGGAUAAUAUCCUAAUUAAGACGGACUCAGAGCCGCAAAUCUACCUCAAAGACUUUGGGUUAAGCAGCUUUGGUGAAGGAAGACCACAUUUAGAUUAUUGUGAUGAAAUUAAUCAAGCCCCAAUGGACUGGUUCAUGCAUGCUAACUAUACAUCUGGACCCAUAACAGUGUGGCAGAUAGGAGUGGUCCUGUUUGACUUGACACACAAGAAGUCAUUUGAAACCAAGAAAUUACAUUUAAAGCAGCUACAGUACAACAAAAGGCUUUCAAAAAAAGCCAAAGAUUUUUUGAAUAAAUGUCUGGAGCUUGACCCUCUGAAUCGACCCACCCUGGAAGAGCUGCUGGUUCACCCUUGGCUUUUAUAA